ACAAACUAGAACGGCAAAAUCACACUCAGGCACACUGGAGUACUCUUCCCUCAAAUCCCUCCACAGAGCACUUCAUCAUUUGCUCCGCCCUCUAAUAACUCAUGCAAGAAAAGUUCAGCACCAUCAGAGGGAAACAAGACACAAUUCAGAGAAUGGCUUUAGGGCCUUUCCUCCAGGCGGUAAGAGGAUCUGCGUGUGCCCUUCGCAGGGGUCCAAAGGGAGAGAACAACCUAGGCCUAGGGUUUCGGGGAUACCGACACCCAGAAACAGAUUUUCUCUCAAAGAAGUUUCUGCCGCCAUCCCUAUCUUAUCAGCAGGAGGCCCCGGCGCCAUCGUCUCCGUCUUUAUGAUUUUAUUAUGGGGAGGUGGGAAACGCCACCCAGGAUUCCUCCAGGCCUCCCCGCUUCGGCUUCGGGGUUCCCCCUCAUUCUUCCCUCUAAGCCGCAGUCCCCGAGGUCCUCCUCGGCACCCCCGCUUCUGGCGGCCGAUCCCCCGGGAAGUGUACGGGCACGGCCGAACCCACCGGCCUCGCCGUGAAGGCGGGAGGGCCCGAACCCGCCAGGGCCACGGCGAUGGCUCCGAGGGGCCCGGAAAGGGGAAGGGCAGGCCGGGGACCGGGGCAGGAUGACCUGGCCGGGGAAGAAAGGAAAACGGAGGAGGGAGGACGGGAGCUGUGGGGAAAGCCCGAAGGAGGAAUGCCUGAAGCGCCGAGGACGCCGCGGAGCCCCCGUGGGCAGCCAUCUUACCGCCGCCGCCGCCGCCGCCGAACAACAACACAGACACACACGGACCGCCCUCCCCCACCUCGCCGCGCGGUGUGCGCAGGCGCAUUGACCGCCCCUCAAGCCCCGCCCCCAAGCCCCGCCCCUCCCUGGCCCCCCCGCGGUCUGCGCAGGCGCACUUGCCCACCGGGCCGGAGCGCUCCCCGCUCUCCGGUUGGCUGCUCGGUUGCUGCCUGCCCGGUGCAUCGUUUUUGCCGCUGCUGGUGCUUUCCUCUCCGGGCUCCAAGGCUAGUCUCGCAGGCGCAGUGUCGAUUCCUACAUUCCGAAGGAAGCUUCGGUCUUCGCAGAUAUUUCGCAUUUCAGCUUCGCGAGCUUUAUUGACAGGGCCAACUCCGGUAACGGUGUUUUUUCUGCUUCGCAGUUGCUCCGCACUCUGUUAGGUCCCAUCAAAAUACAAACCCUGCCUCCUCGCUUUAAAGCGACUCUCCCCGUCCCCGCCCCCGAGCCUCUAGACUAAUGGCUCAGCUCACCGACUGUGGCGAGUGAAAUUCCAGAACCCUUCGUGCCAAAGAAAGCACCUAGCGCAGGGUUGACACCCAGUGGGUUUUCAUCAGCGAUUAUUUAGUCUGCUUUCCUUCAAUAAAUCGGCCAUCACGUC